GCCUUCAAUCUCAGUGUCUUAGGUGUGCCCUGCCUUUUGCCACUCAGUGCCCAUUAUUAACUGUGACUAACCUGAACUACCUCAACCACCACUCAUUGAACUUUCUUCUCCAAAUGCUUGAUCCGAAGUUCUGAUGCGCGUCCGCUAGGACAGCCUCAACAUCCGGACAUGCGCACAAUCUUCCAAUGCUACCACAAAUCCCUCAAGCUCUAUGCUUCAUCUGAAGUUUGAUACCCUGCUGCUUAAGUUCCCCUCUACCCGGAUCUGCGAAUCUACCCAAACGUCAAACCAAUUUGCGACAAGAAUGCGAGGCUUCAAAGAACCACUCGGAGUUUUCUGCCACAUCACCGAUGAUCCUGUCACUGCCUCCUUGGCCCUGUGACCGUCUCCAGGGCAGCUGUAUUGCCAACAAUUCGAAAGGAAACUUUUGCUUCCGCUGCGGACAGCCCCUUUAAUCUACAUCAACGGCUGCACGCAUAAGGGGUGGUUUGAAUGGGAUUCUGAAGAAAUCCUUUUCCCCAGAUCUUGCAAUCUGAUUUCACAUGCCACGGAUUCCUUCUUUUCCAUGUUGAUUCUCUGGGUUGUGCUUGCAGAUGGGGUCUUUGUGCCGUUGGUGACCAGCACUAGCUAAUGCUCACAAGGUCUAUAUUUCUCCGAGCUCCUCUCGGCCACAGUGCGAACCAUGCUGUCGGGGAACGGGGCCGCUAUUCGGGCUCACAAAGGACUAAAUGGUUUCAUUUCGUCGGUGAGAGAGUGUGGUGAUCAAUACCGAGCAGGCCAAUACCUAGCUCAUUAUCUGAUUGCUGGGGCAUCGAAGCUUGGGCAAGCUAGUUGUGCCUUUUAUUCUAUCUUCGGAGAAAAGAAGCGGCCGGUUUGUGAUGUCUUUCAUGUAUUGUCUAUACUUGUCACAAGACGAACGCAAAGGAGAGACACAGAGAGAGGGAAAAACCCAUGCCAAUUCCGUCCGUCCGGGACUCAUUCGGUCAUGGAGUGGCAGGGCAAGGCAAGGCUAGGCAAGGUCAAGCAAGGCCAUGGGAUGUUGCCAGCGGCACUUCCCUCGAAAGUCAAGGAGCAGCGGAGAGAUGUGUCCCACCUUCUUGCAUCAUUCCGGCUGCUCACCUUGGGGAAAUAGCAGUUUCUAUAGCCGAGUGGGGACAACGAUCACUCUCCCUUGCAUGACAUAGCAAGACUUGCUCUCACACCAUCC